CUGCUGGAUCAGUUUGGGGUUUUACACGAUGGGGAGAAGCCGUACCCUGGGGCCAUCGAGGCGGUGGCCCAGCUGGCCGCCAGAGGCAUGAAGCUGCUCAUCAUCAGCAACUCCAGCCGCCGGUCUGCUGGCGCGCUGAAAAACCUGGAGCGCAUGGGCUUUGACCCCGCCUGCUUUGCGGGCGUGGUGACCAGCGGCGAGGUGACGCACCGCCACCUGAGCCAGCGCCCCGACGCCUGGUGGGCGGCGCUGGGCCGCCGCUGCCUGCACUUCACUUGGGCGGCGAGGGGGGCCAUCUCCCUGGAGGGGCUGGGUCUGGAGGUGACUGACGACCCGCAGCAGGCCGACUUCAUCUUGGCGCACGGCACCGAGGCGGUGGGGACGAGCGUGGAUGGCAGCGGGGCGGCGCCGUGCGGCCUGGAGGGCAUGCGGGAGCUGCUGGACGCGUGUGCGGCGCGGGGAGGGGUGCCCAUGGUUGUGGCCAAUCCUGAUGUUGUGACGGUGGCGGGGACGGAGCUCAGGGUGAUGCCGGGCACGCUGGCACGGCACUAUGCGUCGCGGGGCAGCCAGGUGGUGCUGAUGGGCAAGCCGGCGCCGGCCAUCUACUCGGCGGCGCUGGAGUUGCUGCAGCUGCCGCCGGGCGAGGUGGUGGCGGUUGGCGACAGCUUGGAGCACGACAUUGGCGGCGCGCAGGCGGCAGGCGUGGAUGCCCUGUUCGUGCUGGGAGGCAUCCACCGAGAGGAUGUGCAGCUGGCGGCG